AUGUCUUCUGCUUUGGUUACGGGCGCCACUGGCAUCACCGGAAGCGCCAUUAUUCACCGUCUCAUCAAAGAUUCUUCUUAUAACAAAAUCUACUCAUUCUCUCGGCGCAAUCCUGGUUACCAGCACCCCAAGGUUCAACAUGUUACCAUGGACCUUCAGGGCUCUGUGGAGGACAUGGCACCCAACCUCAGUGGAGUCUCUGCGGAAUAUAUCUACUUCUGUGCUUAUCUGGUCCCUGAGAAUCCGGCAGAAUUGUUGCGUGUAAACGUGACGCUCCUGAGAAACUUUAUUCAAGCCCUCAAAACUACUGGAGCCGACAAAAAGAUCAAGCGCUUUAUUCUCACUUGUGGCACCAAGCAGUACGGCGUCCACCUCGGACAGGGCAAACAGCCUUUCCUGGAAGAUGACCCCCUGUUGGAGAAUAUAGGAGGGGUCAGUUGGCCUCCCAUCUUCUACUAUGAUCAACAAAGAGCCCUUGCUGAAGCCGCUGCCGAAGGCGGCUGGGAAUGGAUCGCCACGCUUCCCCAGGACGUGCUCGGGUAUGCACGGGGAAACUUCAUGAACGAGGCCACCUCUCUUGGGCUAUACUGCGCUGUGUGCAAAGCUCUGCCAGGGUCUGAGUUGCCUUUCCCAGGCAGUAAGUCCAAUUACUUGACAUUCAACUGCUGGACAUCGGCAAAUCUACACGCCAAUUUCUGCCUAUGGGCCGCGAGGGCCCCGGGCGCAGGCAACAACAUCUUCAACGUGGUGAACGGCGACACAGAAUCCUUUCAUAAUCUGUGGCCUCGUCUGGCUGCCCGAUUUGGUUGCAAGAUCCCGGAUCCAAUGUUCCCUAAUGGUGGCAUACCGAAUACCAAGGGGUACCAGACAUACGAGUCGUUGACGAUCCCACUACAGAACAGGCCGCCUCUCCAGGCGGUCGCAUCAUCUCUGGGUCUUUCGUCAGAUACUUUGGUGAAAGACUCUCCCAAACUCUUCCUUCAGGUGGAUCCUGAAAAGUGGGCGCGUCGAGCGGAUGUGAAUGAGGCCUGGGCCGGGCUGAGAGAAAAGUAUCAUCUUGACCAACAGGCCUGGGACAAGGCAACCUGGGAUUUUUUAGUUUUGACCAUGGGCCGGGACUGGAGCUGUGUAGCGAGUAUGAGUAAGGCGCGGAAGCUGGGAUGGACGGGGUAUGCGGAUACGUGGGAAGAGCUGGAAGAAACCUUCCGAGUACUGGAAGAAGGUGGGGUAUUACCGCCAGUGGAUCAGCUCCGUCGGGACUUUUAG